GGUCUCGAUACCACCAUCUCAGCAGAUGUACAAGCACCAAUCCUUGAAACGUUCGGAGACAUUGAGAAACUCUCAUGGGUUGGUAUUGGUUUUCCUAUGGGAAGUGUGUCAAUCGUUCUGCUGGUUGGAGCUCUCUUUGCACUAUUCGAGAUCAAAUGGAUGUUCAUCGGCAGUCUCGUAUUGUUCGAAGCUGGUUCUGCACUUUGUGGAGCUGCACCUGAUAUGAACGCGCUGAUCGUUGGUCGGGUUGUAGCUGGUAUGGGUGGCGCUGGCAUGUAUCUGGGGGCGUUGACUUACAUCACAACCUUCACGAGCAAGAAAGAACAACCCAUCUACAACGCCUUAAUCGGCCUAUGCUGGGGCACAGGUUGUAUCCUAGGGCCUGUCGUCGGCGGAGGCUUUUCCGACAGCUCUGCGACCUGGAGAUGGGCCUUCUAUAUCAACCUACCCUUGGCUGCUGUCAUGUCUCCUGUGUACCUCUUUCUUCUGCCAACUCACAACCCAAGGCCGGACACCAGUGCUAAGCAGAAGCUCGCCACAAUUGACUGGCUGGGUGCUUUCCUGUUUGCCGGCAUGUUCUCUAUCUUGCAAGUUGCGCUCACAUUCAGCGGCUCGUUGUGGAAAUGGAACGAAGCUGGCCCAAUCGCGCUCUGGGUUGUCUUUUUCGUCUUCCUGGUCGCCUUUGUUGUGCAGCAAGCCUUCUGUAUCGGCACCGUACCUUCGCGCCGUCUGUUUCCUGUUCACUUCCUGAAGAGCAGAACUUUGGUACUACUUUAUGCUGGUACAGCGGCGUCUUCGACUGGGCUUGCCCUCGGUGUCUACUAUAUUCCCAUCUUCUUCCAGUUCACAAGGGGCGACUCACCGAUCAAGGCUGCUGUCCGACUACUACCUUACAUCUGCGUCUUUGUCGCAUCAGUCAUGCUCAGUGGCGGUCUCCUACCAGUCCUUGGUCGCUACCAACCUUUCUACAUCGUUAGUGGUGUGCUAUUGGUCAUCGGUGGCGCUCUGAUGCAUACCGUCCAUCUAGACACUUCGGCAUCGAAGAUCUAUGGAUUUGAGGUCCUGAUGGCUUGUGGAGCAGGCUUGAGCAUGCAAGUAGCCUACUCCGUUGCUGUCGCCGUUGCCGAUACAGUCGACACUCUGAACGCAGUUGGUUUUAUUAACGUGGCUCAGAUCGGGUCGAUCAGCAUUGGCCUGAGUAUUGCUGGUUGUCUGUACCAGAACAUCGGGUUUGACAACAUCAAGAACGCCGUAUCGGCAUAUCACUUUUCAGAUGCUGAGAUUAGAGCUGCACUUGGUGGUGCUCAUUCUGCUAUAUUGGCUAGUGGAGACUUGGAAUUGAUGCGUCUGGUGCUCGAGGCCAUCGCUUCUACACUCAGAGAUAUCUGGGUUUUGAGCAUUGUGGCUGGCGCAGUCGCUCUUUUGAGCGGUAUGUUUAUGAAGAGAGAGAAGCUCAAUCUGGAGAUGACCGCAGGAGGUUGA